UGUGACACUAAGCGAGACUCGGAGACCCCCUUCUCGUGUCUCUUUUUGGCCCCCAGCAACGGUAGGAGGGGGGCAGGCUCCGCCGGCAGCCGCCCAAUGAGACGCCCUCCCGGGCAGACGUCUCGGUUGGCGUUCGGCACGUUCGGAGGGUGAAGUGUGGCGAGCGUGUUGGAGUCACGACGCCACGCAGCUCGGCAUGACCCGCAAGUGAAUGCGUCACCAUUUGGGGUUUUUUUUGUUGUUUUUUUGUUUUUUUUUCCCUUUUUUUCUGGGAUGACCUGAGAGUGGACGUCAUUCCCGCACCUCCACGCGAUGCUUUCUAAUCCACUCGCUUCUUUUUUUUCAGGAGGUAACCACACUUGGGGUUUUUUUUUUUUGGGGGGGGGGGGGUUGUUUUUUCUGAGCUACAUAAUUUCCCAGUUGUGUGUGUGUGUGUGUGAGAGAGAAUUUAUAUUCUGCAGCUGAGGAGCGUCGUGAUCUCCCCCCCCCCCCGCCCCCUCUUAUAUUUUUUUUGUCCUCCUGGCGUGUGCGUGGAUGUGCGCGCGCCCGCUGACGUCGAGCCGCCCCACCACCAGCCGCCGCCGCCACACUCGGCGCGCUCCUGAGCGAUGGCGUCCCCGGGCUUCUGGUCCCUCGGUGCGGGGGACAAUUCGGGCAGCCGGAGCCCCAACACGCCCCGGGCUUGGUGCCAGGCGGCGGCCCAGAAACUCUCCGGAGGGCUCGGAUCCAAAUUAUGUGCGCUCCUGAACGUGGCGGAGGGCGACAAAGGCGGCGCCGAGCCCCCCGCCGCCAGCCGGCAACCCGACGCCGCGGACGGCAGCUGCGGAUGCAACAAAAGCUGCAACUGCACCAAAGACGCCGUGCGAGGCUUCUCCGACCUCUACUCAACAGACCUCCUGCCGGCCCUGGACGGCGACGCCAAGACGCUGAGCUUCCUGCAGGAGGUGGUGGACAUCCUGCUGGCCUACAUCGUGGAGUCGUUCGACCGCGACAGCAAAGUCAUCGACUUCCACUACCCCAGCGAGCUGCUGCAGAACAACAACUGGGAGCUGCAGCACGAGCCCAGCACGCUGGACGACAUCUUGAUCAGCUGCCGCGCCACGCUCAAGUACGCCAUCAAAACAGCCCACCCCAGGUACUUCAACCAGCUCUCCACUGGAUUGGACAUGGUGGGCCUGGCAGCUGAUUGGCUGACGUCCACCGCCAACACCAACAUGUUCACGUACGAGGUGGCGCCGGUGUUCGUGCUGCUGGAGUACGUGACGCUCAAGAAGAUGCGCGAGAUCAUCGGCUGGCACGACGGCCGCGGCGACGGCAUCUUCUCGCCCGGUGGCGCCAUUUCCAACAUGUACGCCAUGCUGCUGGCCCGCUUCAAGAUGUUCCCUGAAGUCAAGGAGAAAGGAAUGUCAUCCGUUCCCCGGCUGGUGGCCUUCACCUCCGAACAUAGUCAUUUCUCCAUCAAGAAAGGAGCAGCGGCUUUGGGCAUCGGCACCGAGAGCGUCAUCUGCAUCAAGGCCGACCAAAGCGGCAAAUUGAUCCCCGCCGACCUUGAGCGGCGAAUUGUGGAGGCCAAACAGAAGGGUUUCGUGCCGUUCUUCGUGAGCGCCACGGCGGGCACGACGGUGUACGGCGCCUUCGACCCGCUCGUCGCCAUUUCCGACAUUUGCAGGAAGUACGACGUGUGGAUGCACGUGGACGGUGCGUGGGGAGGAAGUCUGCUCAUGUCCCGGAGACACCGGUGGAAGCUGGACGGCGUUGAGAGGGCCAAUUCGGUGACUUGGAACCCGCACAAGAUGAUGUCGGUGCCGCUGCAGUGUUCUGCCUUGCUGGUACGCGAGGAGGGCCUGAUGCAGAAGUGCAACCAGAUGCAGGCCUGCUACCUAUUCCAGCAGGACAAGCACUACGACCUGUCGUACGACACCGGCGACAAGGCGCUGCAGUGCGGGCGCCACGUGGACAUCUUCAAGCUGUGGCUCAUGUGGAGAGCCAAGGGUACCGUCGGCUUCGAGGCGCAGAUCGACAAGUGUUUGGAGCUGUCCGAGUAUCUGUACAACAAGAUCAAGGACAGGGAAGGAUACCAGAUGGUCUUUGACGGAAAACCUCAGCACACCAACGUUUGCUUCUGGUAUCUCCCGCCCGGGAUGCGCUACAUGGACGAUACAGACGAGAAGAAGAAACGCUUGCACAAGGUGGCGCCGGUGAUCAAGGCGCGGAUGAUGGAGUACGGGACCACCAUGGUGAGCUACCAGCCGCAGGGGGACAAGGUCAACUUCUUCCGCAUGGUCAUCUCCAACCCGGCCGCCACCUUCCAGGACAUCGACUUCCUCAUCGAGGAGAUCGAGCGCCUGGGCCAGGAUCUCUAACUCGCUAUGCUUAAUUUCCUUCCAAAACUCACAGUAUAUUUGCCAUUUUCAAGUUAUAUGCAGUGAACCCCCGUUUAUUGGCUAAGUUCCAGACCCACCCGCAAUACAGAGAUACUAUAAUAUUUUGAUGGUUGUUUUACCCCUGCCACAUGCUUAAUACGCAUUUAAUCUUAGCAAAACAUACUUUUCAAAGUACAGUUGGUAAUUCACUUCUUGCAGAUUCACAUACUCACAAAUUUUUGGGGGAACCUGUCCGUUAUUUUGUUAUUUGCUGUUUUUUUUGCUCAUGCCAAAGUCCUAUCUAAUACAAAAGUCAUGCUUUGCUGCCAUCUCGUGGCAUCCAUUGGCAAUUACAAACCUUUCUGCGGGGGAAAUUGGUGGAUUUCCGCUAUUUGUGGCAUGGCCCAAUCCCCGAACACUUCAUUCUUUAGCACCUGUUUCCACUCUCUCGCUGUCAAGAAACAGAAACUAUUGUAUAACAUCGCUUUGAGGAAUCGAAAAGACCAGCUCGCACAGAUUUCCAAAUACGAGGCAACUUUGCGGUGCUUGCUUCAAGCUGUUUAUUUGUCACUCCCAGGUAAGGUUUACUGUGAAACUGACACAUUAAAGAAGAGAGAAUUCAAAAUUGUAUAUUGAAACACCAAAAUGCAAAACUGUACAUAUAAUAACAGAAGGCCGCUAGCUUAAUGCUAACAUAAUGCGAAACACCAUAGCCUGGCCUAAAUUAGCAUUAGCAUGCGUCACGCUGCAUCUUUUCCAGUGGGCUCUAAUGUUGCCCGGCAUGUUGUAGCACAACGUGGUACUACACUGAAGGCGCACAACUCUAAAUUCGGACUUACAUGUACACUGUGAAAACCCAUGAAAAAUUAUCAUUAGAAAAAAUGCCGACAUAAAACGAUAAACCGCGAUAUUGCUGGGGUUCACGGUGUACAUAUAUAUAUUAUGUAUGGUAGCUUUACUGUGGACUGAUGCGGUCCAAAGCUUUGUACAAGUGCUUCUGUCUGCCUUUUUCCGCUAGUGUCGUCCUAACAAACAAACAUGUGAUAAUCGGUGUAUUUGCUGUGCUAAUGCGUGAUAUGUGUAGCAAGUCCAUGAUGAUUAAUCGUUUGAUUAUUUUUGUAAAAAAAUUUUUUUUCAUUUUUUGACGGCGAUGCGGUAAUGUGCCAAAUUGUCUGUUCUUUUGCGUAAAUCUAAUUUCUAAGUAAUUUUCAAACAAAGCACUUGGCCUUCCUUACCUCAACGUAAUCAAAUGCCAUCGCAUCUCACCCUAGCGCUAGCCCCGUGGCUAAUUUGCUAGUGGUAAUCUAGCGCUCGCGACUUCAAUCCUCAAAAAGUGAUGACGUACAAAUAGGAACCGAGUGAAUCAGUGGUGUGAAACACGUCUAUGCUAUUAGCUUAGCGGUGGAUUCUAAACAUGGUGUCUAAUGUGCAAAAUGAUUUGAUUGUUAGCGCAAAAUUAGCUCCAAACGAUCAUUUUUUGCCAGGUUUGAGGUUAUUUCCAACAUUUGGUAGCGCUGGGUCCAAAACUAGCUAGCUAGCUCAGAAAUGCGUUAUCAAGCGCUUGCGACUUCAAUCUACCAAAGAGAUGACAUACUUUUAGGGGCCAAAUUAAUUAAGGAUGUUAGACAACAUGAUUACAUGGUAACUAGUGCUAAAGAGUUGUAACACUGGUUUCAGAACAAGCUAACAUUAUCAAAUUUCAAAUAAACGUAACACAAAAAAACCUUCAGUUUCUUUACCUUGGCAUAAUUGACUGAUUAUCGUUACUCGAUUAGCAGGAAGGAAUCUAAUCUCUUUAGUAGCUAAAAUAGUGAAAUAUUUUAGCUACUAAAUUAGCGUAAAACUAUCAUUCCAGCCAAAUUUAAGGAUAUUCUAAAGAGGCGGUAGUGCUGGUUCUACAACUAGCUAGCUCAGAAAAUGUGUAAUUGACUGUUUUCUCAUGCCACACACUCUUCCUGCGGCCAACUUGUUUAUGCUAAUGCACUUCUCGUGACUUGGGUGCUUUUAGUGAUGACGCCCAAAUAGGAACAGAGGGAACCCAGGAUGUUUAAAGUGGUUGUACGGGAGAGUUUAAGAUUGUGAUUAACUUUAUGGCUAAUGUGGAAAUCAAAACAUGGUGGCGAACAUUCAGCAAAGGCACAAGAGGACAGUUAGCGUAAAAUUUGUGUAAAACUAUCAUUUUAGCCCAUUAAAAAAAAUUAAAUAAUUCUCUCAGAAUUGAUAGCACUGGUUCGAGACCUAGCUAGCUUAGAAAGACGUCAUUUUUCACAUCCCGCGUGCUAGCCCUACAGCUAAUUUACUAAUGCCACUGUAGCGCUUGCAACUUGCCUGCUUUAAGUGCGGACGCCCAAUCAGGAACUGAAGGAAUCCAGGAUGUUUAAAGUGAUCACACGUGAGACUUUUAGCUCACGAUUAGCUUCCCCGCUAAUGUAGAAAUCGAAAUGUAAUGUGGUGGCUAACACUCCGUUAAUUGUGACACUCCAGAGGACUUUGGACAAAUCCUCUCGGCCCAAUUUGACUAUGUAAGAGCAAGAACAGUCUAGAUUAGUCUUAAUUUUGGUCCUGGGUUGAGUCAUUUUUGGGGGUGAUGCUAAUGUGGGCUAACAUAGCCAGGAAGCUGUCUGCUCAAGAGAUGACAAAGGGGUGCUAGCAUUCAAAGAAUUGCCAUGUUUGCACUAAUACUUGGACAAAGAUGCUGUUUUUAUUUAGCUAUUUUUUAGCCUUUAGCAUUGCUAACUGUAGGCUACCUGCUAACAGAGGUCACAGUAAUCCAAUACAGGAGCUUUAUUACAGCAAAUAUUUUUGCCGUAAUGGUGUUAGUUUUUCUCAGGGGGAGAGAUCCAAUUGUUAAAACGUCGAUUUUCCAUAUGUCCCCCGUAAUACUGAGGAUGACAAAAUUAGAUUGUAUUAAGUUGUGAAUUGAAAUGAAUUAAUAAUAAUAUUGUGCCCACUGAAUACUUGCGGUGCAGACUACAUUCUGGCACCAUCGAUCUAGUACGGUUUCGAGAAAAAAGGCACUAGUACACUUGUUCCUCCUUGAUUGAUUCGAAAGGAAUAUUGAUGAAAUGAUUGAUAGUAAGAAAAGCACAAUUAGCUCCACACUCACUCACUUUUGACGCUCAAUCAUAUGUAAAUAGUGCUGGGGGAGGUGUAUGUAGUACUUGUAUAUAAGAUGUAUAACCAGAGAUUAUUUGUGACAUUAACUCUAAAAAAUUUUUGCAGGGAUGGGCAAAGUAUUAUCUGAGUUUUUUAAAAUGUCUGCUUUUAUCAAUUUACCCCAUUAUGCCUUGUCACUGGGAAAAACAAAAUCAGUAAAAAUAAGUUAUUUGACAGUUACUUUAUUGAAUAAUUGGCUAAUUAAUUACAAUUGAAUAAAUUAUAAAUAAUGUUAAGAAUGAUUAUUAUUUUACUGUUAAAAAUAAUUUCACGUAGACAUUUGACCUUUUCUAUUUUAUGAGCUGGCUCAUUUGUCCCAAGUUAAAAAUCCAAUGUGACCCUUGAACUUAAAACUUUGACCCGCCCUCCCGUGAUGUAGUGUCAAUUUGAAUGUAUUUUCAUCCCGUGUGUGUGCGUGAAGGAGUGUGUGUGUGCUGUUCCUCGUUGUGGUGACCUUUGUGAGCCGGGAAGCACUUUUUGUUGUGACACGUGAUGGUUUGUGUGUUUGUGGCGUAUUUUUGCUGCCUUAUAGUCCAACUUUGCCAGUAUUGUCUAUAGAUUAUACCACCCAACACACUUAUGCUCUCGUGUGGGGCUUUUGCACUUUUGCCUACACACACUCUCACACAAACUAUAUAUAUAUAUAUAUAUAUAUAUAUAUAUAUAUAUAUAUAUAUAUAUAUAUAUAUAUAUAUACAUAUAUAUAUAUAUAUAUAUAUAUACAUAUAUAUAUAUAGACACACACACACACGAGCCUAUGAUGUGCAAUGUCGUUGUUCCUUAAUGAGGGUGACAAAUGUGCUUAAAAGUAAUCUUGAAUGUGCAAUCAACAAUAAUCUGUUUUAAUAUUUUUUGUUUGUAUUCAGCAAAACCUCCAAAGUGAAAUUUGCCCCAAAAAUUUCAGAAUUUGCCUCAAUGAAACAUAAAUGCCUCUAAAGCAAAUCACGUAUAAGAUAAAAAUUUAUUUAAAAUUGUACCAAACUAAAUGCUAAAAAACAGCUCUCAAAGAUUAAAUGCAAACGUUUUGAAGUUAAAUACAACUGAACUCAACUCAACAGAUGAACUGGAUUUUAAAACUGCAACAUUAAACAGUUUCAACAUUCAAUUCAGUGAUUCUGUGGCAUACCACUAGAGGGAGUCCGUGUACCACUAGUACACUAAUACCACACUUUAUUACCCAGCGAGUUAAUCAAGCAGAUGCUAACUGUAGCAUGUAGCUUUAUGUCUCUCCGUCACGUGUCGCUUAAGCGUCUUCGAAGGCUGUGCAAUUUUACGUUAUUUGGGUAUUUUUAUUUGCUAGUCAAUAUCGAUACUCUGUAAUAGCAUGUAGCUGAAAAGCUAAAUAGCUACUUACUACCUUCUCUUUAUACUGAAAUUAUACACAAUUAGCCUAUACAUUUAAAAGAUUUGCAACAUGAAGCGUGUUUCCACGCGUAUUAACCUUUUUGCUGAAAAACACACCUAUUUGCUUUCUAUAAAGUCAAGGGAGGAGCUUCCUUCGGCGAGGCCACCUCCUGUGUGAUCUCAAAGUUGUGCUUUACUGCCAUCUUGUGGCAUCUAUCAGGAACUACCAAAUCGCACACUGUUAAGUUUAGUGUUGCACUUUGGAGGUUGUGCUGUAUUUUUAUUUUUUCUGACACUUUGACAUGGGCGGCACCCGACCUAGAACAUUGGCGCGCGCUAACAGCUAACCGAAAACUUUAGCGUGCGCUAACGGCGGCACGCUCGCGCUUCCAGCCGGGCUCCCUUUGCACGUGCAUGCAUGCGCUUCCUCGCCUUGCCCUGCUUACUCUGUGGGAUGUUGCGCCUCCUAUAUAUGCACAUAUAUAUAUAUAUAUAUAAAUAUAUACAUCUUUACGUAUCUAUCCACGUCUAUCGAGUAUCUAUCUAUGCUAUAUUAUCUAUAUUCAAGUCAGUGUGUGGCUUUGUAAGUAGCUGGUCCAGCUUGUGAUUGUCGUGUUUGGGCUUCGUUUGUGUUUCUGUCCGUGCCGCCAAGCAUGCCGAUUUCGCCACUCCGCUCUGUCUUCUUCUUCUUCUGCUUUUUCUGUCGCUUCUGCCUGCGUGUCACAUUAUAUUCUCGCUGCAUGUCCUCUUCCAUGGCUGGCCGGCCGGCCGCACUCUGCCUCCGUAUUUAACCUCUCUCUCUCUUUGGCCCGGGGGGGCCUCUGGCCGCAGCGGGUCGUCGCCGCCGUUCGGGAGUCUCGACGUCGUGUCGGAUGUUUUGUUUCAGGAUGGACAUUUGAGCCCUUGAAGCAGGAAAUAUUGAUCGAAUCCUCAUUAUUUGCUACUGUAAGCAAUUAAUAAGCCUUCAUUGACACUAGAUAAUAUGGUGGAAAUGUAUAUUCUGUAAAGUGAUGUGCUGGAGUCAACAUGCAUUUGUCCUGAAAUAUGUAUUACUCUUUGGCGAAGAAAAUAUAGGAAUAAAUAUUGUAAG